UAAUCAAGAAGAACAAUUUGAACCUAAAUUAUGCAUUUAUUCCUCCAUCGGUUGUUGCAUUUGUCACCUUUGUCAACUACACCUAGCAACUGGCAAAUUAAAAAUGAUAAUCGAUGUAUGCUAGGAUAAUUGCAACUCUUUCUUGAGGAAGGAAGGACUUGGACAAGUUCUUCGUCAACGACUACUACAAACAAGACUCCACUUAUAUAUACACUUUGCCCUGGUCUUUUUAUUCCACCCCAUCUCUUUAUAAUUGAACACUCUUCUCUUCCAUAUUGCAAAUCAUUUGCUUUCAAUUCUUGUUCAGAAGCUAAAUAGUUUGAUACAUAUCCUCUCAAACAUAAAGAGGUUUAAAUUAUGAGUAACUUGUAUGAUCAGCCCACCAUUCAAGUAAGCUUAACACCUUACACUUUGGGCAGUAUUCAACUUGGAGGAGCUUCAGAAAGGUCGAGAUUUGACAAACUUGUUGCAAAUAUUCCAUUAUGGAACCAAAUAUUUGUAAUUUCAUGUGUGAUUGCAGUCUCAUUGGACCCUUUGUUCUUCUACAUUCCAUUCAUCAAUGAAGAUCUCAAGUGCCUUGGAAUGGACAAAAAUUUGAAGGUUGUGGCACUUGUUUUGCGGUCCCUCUUGGAUAUCACUUUCAUAGUGCAUAUUAUAUGUCAAAUUCGACAAGCCUUCAAAACUGUGAACUCCAAGCUACAAACAACCCGAAACUCCGGUUGGGAAUCCAAAGCUAAGGCAGUUGCUCGGAAUCUUUCAUGGCGCUCUGUUGUUACUGACGUUCUUGCUCUUCUUCCCAUCCCACAAGUUCUUUUAGUGAAUGUUUUUUUCAAAAUGAGAGGCUCUGGAUAUUUGGAUAAUAGAAAGAUUCUAAGUUUCCUUCUUCUUGCGCAAUAUCUUCCAAGAAUUUAUCGAAUUCACCUCUCCUCUAAGAAACUUACACAAACCGGACUAUGGGCCAAAGGUGCAUUCAACUUUUUUCUAUACAUACUCGCUAGUCAUGUGCUCGGAGCUUAUUGGUAUUUUUUUUCUAUUCAACGGGAGACAUCAUGCUGGCAUCGGGCAUGUGUGAAGCGUAGCAUAUCAUGCAUGGAUACUUUUUACUGUGACGACCCUCCCACAACCCCCAGAAAUACCGAGUUUCUAAAAGAGUUGUGUCCUAUAAAUUUUCCACCAAAUGCUACACCGCCAUUUGAUUUUGGAAUGUUUCUUGAUUCACUUCAAUCUGGAAACACGGCGACAUUGAAUUUUCCAUUGAAGUUCUUUUACUCGUUUUGGUGGGGACUACGAAAUUUAAGUAACUUUGGUACAAAUCUCACAACGAGUACGUAUGUGUGGGAAAACUUGUUUGCAAUUCUUAUUUCCAUCAUUGGCUUGCUGCUAUUUUUAUAUCUCAUAGGAAAUGUGCAGACAUUUAUGCAGUUGGCCACUACAAAAUCGGAGGAGACAAGACAGAAGAUUAUUAAGAAAGAGCAAGCGAUAGAAGCGUGGAUGGUCAAAAAUGAUCUCCCUGAAGAUAUGAAGAAUGAAAUCAAGAACAACAUAAGACAACAAUUGGAAGAAAACAUAGAUGCUGCUGAUCUGGAGAACCUGUUCUCUAUUCUUCCUUGGAAUAUCAGGAAAUCUCUAAAGCGUUUUCUCUGCAUGAGUACGCUAAGGAAAGUACCAAUGCUUAAAGGCAUGGAUGAAAAGGUGUUGAAAAUGAUUUGCGACUAUCUGAAGCCAGUUAUGUACCCCGAGAACAGCUUAGUUGUUCGAAUGGGACAACCACUUGAUCGGAUGCUCUUCAUUACAGAAGGUUCGAUAUGGACGUACAUGCCGGGUGGAAUGCCGACCAACUCGGUUAAGACAAAAGGUGGGUUUUAUGGAGAAGAACUUCUCAAGUGGGCAUCAUCUUCGUCACCAAAACUUCCCAUCUCCACCCAAAAUGUGCAAUGCCAUACCAAGGUGGAAGGCUUUGUAUUGAUGUCUAAGGACUUGACUAGUGUCGUCUCCAAAUGCCAACUCUGGUGGAAUACAAAUGAUUCUCAUCAGGGACAGGGACAGGUACAGCCCGCUACAGCAGCGGGUGGUGCUGAGAACUCCACUCCAAGAAUCAGGUAUAUCAUGCAUCCUCACUAGUUCCCUUGGAGAUCGAUCGUAUUUUGGCAUCCACUUCUUUUUGGUACACAGUUUUUUUUUUUUCUUAUGAACAACAGUUUCACUUUUGCUGUGUUAUAGUAGACAAGUCAUCUUGUAACCAAAAUGUGCUCUUUCACUUUUUGUUCAGUACUGUACGACAUUAGCCAAAGGUUUUUCUGUGGCCUGUGAACAAUGAAGACCACCCUUUGAUGGCCUACUGGGCCUGGCCUA